CCAUUCGCGAAAUCUUUGGUGAUGGGAAUAGCACUGGCCUCCAACGUUGGCGGCAUGACGUCACCCAUAUCCUCGCCACAGAAUAUAUUUGCAAUCGAGCGUAUGUCCUUAGAUGGGAACCCGCCAAGCUGGCUCUCCUGGUUCGCUGUUGCAAUUCCAGUGGCCCUGACAUGCAAUUUGCUCUGCUGGACCCUGCUCCUCUUAGUCUACAAGCCUGGGCGGGCCAUCGCUGAGGUUCGACCUCUAAAGCCUAACACGGAUCCAAUUAAUGGGACACAGGUUUACAUCAUCAUCAUAUCCAUUGUGACAGUGGCAGCCUGGUGUGCGAAUACUUUCUUGCAAAGGUACACUGGAGAGAUGGGAGUUAUUGCCGUUAUACCGCUGGUGGCAUUCUUCGGCUUUGAUGUUUUGAACAAAGACGACUUCAAUUCCUUUUUAUGGAAUGUUGUCAUGCUCGCCAUGGGAGGUCUAUCACUGGGUGAGGCAGUCAAGAGCAGCGGCCUACUGGCUGCACUCGCUUUGGGCAUUAGCGAGUUGGUAACAGGUCUGACCCUGUUCCAAGUAGCUCUCAUCUUCUGUGGCAUGGUUCUGGUGGCAACUACCUUUAUCAGUCACACAGUCGGAGCGAUGGUCAUCUUACCAAUAGUGCAGACCGUUGGAGAGGCUAUGACGGGAACGCCGCACCCGAACUUGUUGGUUAUGGCGGCAUCCCUCACGUGCUCUGGUGCUAUGGGCUUGCCUGUGAGCGGCUUUCCAAACAUGAACGCCGUUAGUCUGGAGGACGGGACCGGCAAUGCUAUUGUCAGCACUCGCGAUUUCUUAUAUGUCGGCGUGCCUUCCUCAAUUGUGGCGUAUUGCGUUAUUGUUACCCUUGGCUACAUGCUCAUGUUACUUGUUGGCUUAUAACUUCAAAUCAGCCUUGGCAGGGCUCGGGCUUCAUGGUUCAAGGCAUAGUUGUAGGACAGCAUCUUGAGCUUUCGCUGUGUGGUUUAUGCUAGGCGGUGGAGGAUAGGCGGUGUAUCCACGGCACGUGCAUACCUUGGAACUGAUUUUGAGGUCGUGUUUCUUCCGUAAUGCCGCAUUAUUUUCCGUUGAGGCAUGCGCCGUUGCCUGUGCUCACGCUGUGUAAUGGUGUGCCACCAGGCGACACGGUUUCCCUUCACAUAAGAUAUUGCCAUAGCAGAGCCAAACUGCUUAAACCCAGGCUGCCGGAGUUGUCGAAAAACACAUGGAUGGCAUUUGGGCCAGGCAAAUAUAGCAUAAAGCGGUAUCCCGAUGGAUGUUUCAAACUCCGCCGGCCAGGUAUACCAGAUGUAAAAGCAUGUUA